UUCCUCUAUAUCCGACCGUUUUCCCCCGACCUCAUCGUUCCCCGAAAUGCUCUUCCCGAAAUGCUCUCCCCAACCAACCCUUUGACAAAAUUGGGGUCCCCUGCCUACGAUGGGUUUUAAAUUGUCGGGAGAGGAUCAUCUCCAACCGUUCUUUCCCCAACAUUUUUCCCCCCAAAUAAUUUGUCAGCUCCAAGUUGCUUCGCAAAAUUAUGACUACGAUGAAAAUACUCCUGGAAAUGGAUUUCGUUCUCUUAUUUGUAUUAGUGACAUUGUUCUUUUACAUUUAAUUUCGGUACUUCGAAUCUGCUCAGACAAUCGGACUACAAUUAUGUUUCGUUUAUCGCAUUGUUGCAAGGAAAUUGAGGCCUAUGUGGCUAUUAUUCGCUUUCUUAUUUUGGCAUAUCAACAGGUUGUCUCUUUAUUGGACGUCUUGGAUAACAAUAGCUUGUUUCCACCGCUUAAUAGUGACUAUCAACAAUAUAAUAUAAUGUUCCGUGGAAUUGAAAACCUCGAUGCUUCUUGCUUUUAUGGACGUUCUCUUGGAUUUCAAUUCUCACCUUCUAUCACUCGAAUUUUUCGAGUUAUUGGAUUGAUUUUGGCCACUUAUAGUCUUUCAUGGGAAAGCACUGUGGCUCUAAGCUCUUUAAUUAGGGACGGCCGGAUGCUUUUGAAUCCGGAACAGCGUGCAAAACACAUUAUUAAGGUUAUUUUGCUGGUUUUUUUCAUUAAGAAUUAUUUUAAGGUGACCCGAGAAGCAAGCAUAGGAUUUUGUCGUGGUUUUUGGAAUCUUUCAGAAUUGACAAUGCCUAGUUUAUAUUGUCCUGUUAUGGCAACUUGUGAGAAGACUGAAAUUAAAUUAGCUGGUACUCUUUCGCUAGAAUCGGUUAAUGGAGGUUUUGUUCAAAUUCAUGAGCCAUCUUCGCAUACUGGACCUCGACCUAUUGCUUUGCGUGUUCUUUCUUUUCAACAACGUUUUGGAUUGAAUUCAAGCAGUUCUCGAAAUUUGACUCUUUCGCCUUAUUUGGUUAUUCAUUGUCAUGGUGGUGGUUAUGUUGCUACUUCAUCUAAAUCACAUGAGACUUAUCUUCGAUAUUGGGCCAAAUCUUUGGAAUGCCCACUUAUUUCUAUUGACUACUCGUUGGCACCUGAAAAUCCCUUUCCUCGCCCAACAGAGGAGGUUCUUUAUGCUUAUGCUUGGAUUCUUAUAAAUCACGAGAAAUUUGGUUGGACUGGUGAAAAAGUUUGUCUUGUUGGCGAUUCUGCUGGAGGAAAUUUGAUUGUGUCUGUUUCAUUGAAGCUUGUCGAAUUGGGUGUUAAAAGACUUCCUGACGGACUUGUUCCCAUCUAUACUCCUUUUUUGUUUCAGUAUUUGCCGUCCCCUUCUCGUGUUCUUAGCUUUAUGGACCCUCUUUUGCAUAUGGGUGUAGUAAUUCGUUGUGCAGCAGCUUACUCUGGUACUUAUACUGAUGAGGAGUUGGAUAAGGACGCUUCUUUUAAAGAGAGUCCGAAUGUUCCAGCAAAUAAUGGACAUAGAUCGUUGCAGGAUUAUGUUGACCAGGUGCAGCGAGCGCAGAAUGAAAGUCUCUUGGAUUUCACGCACAUGUCUUUUAUUUUUUGGACAAAAGAAUGUGCUCGCCAGUCUUUUGUGUUUAUAUUUAUUUUUUAUUUUCAGCAAGGCUCGCAAUCUAUUGUUUCAUUAAUCAAUUUGUCGUUAUUCAACAAAUCUGUCCCUGAGCAACCUAAUUUUGAUUCUCCACCCAAAGAAGACGAUAAACGAUUAGACAAAACUGUGGGAUUUGUAAUGCCAACAGAAAAUGUUGGAGGAGGAGGAGAGUCUCAAGAUGAAGGGGAUAACAGGCCAAAUGCUGAAGAUGAUGAAGAAGAUUCUGCAAUGCAAUCGGUUAGAGUAGAUGCUGAUCCGGCACAUAUUUUUCUUUCGACAACAAAUUUUGACCAAUGCUUGAUUGACUAUUUACAAAUACAUCCAAUUACUAAAAGUUCAAUAAAUACUUUUACUGAUCAAGCAUCUACUGACUCAAAAGUAUUUGGUGAUGAAUCAGAAGAAACUGAGGUUUUUACUGCAGCUGAACGUUCCAAUGAUAAAUUGCUGACCCCAACAUCAAUUCUUGCUCCAGAUAUUACUCAACAACAAUCAACUCCGUCGAGUACAGCGUCAAGCACUUCUUUCUUUCGAAAUAUUUUACAUUCUAAUACAAGCAAUAAAGAUGACAGUCAAGGACGUUUGAGUUAUUUUAGUCCUGGUUCAAGCUUAGGAUGUACUCCAUUGCAUAGCAAGAAGCGACUUUCAAGAAACAAAUCCCGUUCACUCAGUCAAAGUCUAGCAGACACCGCUGCCCUUGCUGCAGGGCAUGCAACCGACAAAAUAACUGAAUGGCUUGAUACACCAAUGGAACCAUUAGGAAGCGUUGACAAAAAGAAGCUUACACGUGCUGCAACAAUGUCUCCAAUGAGUGCAGCGAAAGUCCAACAAAAAGAAGCAGUCCAUCAUCAUUCUCAUUUUACUGAAUUGUUAAAACUUAAACUUCCACGUGAACAUUUAAUGUCGCCUAUGUAUACACCAGCUGAAACUCUUGCUAAAUUACCUCCAAUCCGUUUUGUGGCUUGCCAUCUUGACCCAUUACUUGACGAUACUAUAAUGUUUGCAAAAAAGGUCCGAGACUCUGGAGGGAAGGUACAUAGCGUAGAUUUGCUUGAUUCUUUGCCUCAUGGAUUUCUCAAUUUUUCGCCAAUGUCCUCUGACUGUCAAAAUGGAGCAAAUAUUUGUUUGGAACGAAUUAAACAAACUCUUGGGAUGCCUUAA